GAGGAAGUCAAGACUUUAAAGCUUCACAACAUUUGAAUGAAGCACAGAAGAGAUUUUAUUCUCGGACUCUACUUCCGCUUGGAUUGAGGAUUGUGUGAGUGGAUUUUGUCUCUUUUGUUUUCUUUUUUCCUUUUUUUUCCCUUUCAUGUGAGAUCACUGCAAAAUUAUACUGGACCUCACUGGCAACCUCGCAGAAAGCUGCGCACCUGUUACCUGCACGGAGCGCAAAACGAUGAUCCCGCCAGGUGACUGCAUGUACGCGGGCAGAAAGAGGAGGAAGCCCAUCCAAAAACAGAAACCGUCGUCUGCUAACGAGAAAACAAAUCCGUCCAAACGACAUCGAGAUCGUUUGAACGCUGAGUUGGAUCGACUGGGGAGUUUGUUGCCUUUUUCUGCUGACGUCAUUUCCAAACUGGACAAACUUUCUGUGCUCAGACUUGCAGUUUCUUACCUCAGAGUUAAAAGCUUCUUUCAAGCAAACCCGGAUAAGACGUCCGGUAAGCAAACCAUGAACCCAGCAUCAGAAGUUAGGAAAGAAAACAACAACAUGGAUGCUGCUGUCAAUGAAAGUUCGCUUCUCUUGGAGUCUCUGACAGGAUUCGCGUUGGUGGUGAGCAGUGAUGGGAUGAUGUUUUAUGCUUCAUCAACUAUUGUGGACUAUCUAGGAUUCCAUCAGACGGAUGUGAUGCACCAGAACGUGUUUGACUACAUUCACAUUGACGACCGCCAGGAGUUUAGAAGCCAGCUGCACUGGGCCAUGUGUCCUCCACAGCACCAGGGGGCAGCAGCGCAUCAGGACAGCCAGCUCACUGCAGGCACUGGUGAGGACUUUGCGGCGAGCAGCUUGUUCAACUCUCCAGAGGCGGGCGGCGUUCCUGCAGAGCUGUCUUGCUUCCUCAACAGAUGUUUCAUAGCGAGGGUCCGAUGUCUCUUGGACAGCACAUCUGGAUUCUUGACGAUGCAGUUUCAAGGUCGGCUGAAGUUUCUGCACGGACAGAAAAAGAAGUCAGCCUCCGGUGCGCCGCUUCCUCCUCAGCUGGCUCUCUUCUGCAUUGCUGUGCCUCUCCUGCUGCCCUCCAUCACCGAAAUGAAGAUGAAGAACAUGCUAAUGCGCGGGAAAAACAAAGGAGGCAUGGUCACCACACUGGAGCAUGGAGAAAGAGGAGAACACCUCCGUAGGCACUCUUUCAGUGGGGGAAUGGACGAUGUAGCAGACCCUCUUCUCCUGUCUUGUCCGACUCCUGGGGGUACCCAGAGGGGUCACCACACGCCCUGGACCCCGCUCACCAAAGACAACCUCAAGUUCCGUCCUGAUGUCUACUAUAACCAAGAAGAACCUCUCAAUUUCUGCAAGUCGUCCAUGUCGUCCCAUAAGGGCCUCAGUCCAGGCCUGGGGAAUGGUUGGCCUUUGCGUCCCAGUUCUGGGCUCCUCAGGGGUGGUCAGGGCAUCGGCUACAUCCCAGCUAACCGCCUAAACAAGGCUGGCCAAUACGGGAAGCAGUACCGCCUUUCUCCCAGCUGCCACAGCAGCAGGAAUGGCGAGGUGUUUGUGUCUAAGCUCUAUGGGAACCUCCAGAUCCCGGCAGAACCGGACCCCUACUGCGUAGAUUUAGUGAAGAGCGAGAGCGGCUAUGGCGAAUGCUACGACGGCCACCUGAUGCCCGAGAUGCCAGCCAUUAAAGUAGAGCACGACUCGGAUUCGGAGAAUGGCUGCGACCCUUACGGGCGACCAUGGGCAAACCGGGAACCGGACACAAUGGACCGUCGCUACGGUAACGGGAUAUAUGACCAGAGCUCGAGCGUCCACCUGAAAUCGGAGGCGGAUUAUUACGACCUGCAGUACUCGCCCUGUCAUCGCGGAAAAGCAGCGAUCAGCCCACCGUACAACAGUGGAAACUUCCAGAACUACGCGGUUAACAACAGCGGACGCUUGCUGAAAUGCGACAAAGAUUUGAGCAACAACGACAACGACCAAUUCAGCCCUCAGAGACUUUCUCACACUCAAUGCAGUAAUCAAACAAUCAACCUCAUCGACUCUCACGUCUACCAGCAAGAGCCUCAAAAGGCUUACAUGCACCAGGACUUUAAUAAGCACUACGAGUUCAAAGGCCAUGGGCUGAUCCAUUCCAUCAAACGAGAGCCCAUGGACUCCCCGCCGUGGUCCGAGGGCGGCCACGACAUCAACAAGGCCAUGACAAUUGGUCCGAGGAACGUUAUGCCGUGUGUGAAAUCAAACCCUUACGUUUAUUUGCCCUAAACGUCUUUGAAGUGGUGCACUUCCUGCCCCGUCAUCGAGCACACCCAACAUGAAGAGUAAAAGUACAAACAUUCUUUUUGGAUGACAGAACAGGCUCAGGUUCUUGUGUUUGUGUUUGACAAUCAAGUGUUAGCUUUUCUAGUCGCUUUGGAUUAGUGGACACGAGAGACACCGUUUAUUUCCUGUCAUGUGUUGGACAUUUUAACGUUCUUCACCAAUCUAAAACUUGCUAUGCAGGUUGAAAAAAAUAUGAAGAUCUACUGGACUUCACUGGAGGGUUUUUGUUUCUCAGCACUUUAACUACCACAUUUUAAUACUAAAUGAUAACAAUGCUGAUGCAUCGGGACAAUGUUACCUGCUGGAUGACCGCUGGAACUACACUCAGUGGAUCCUCAGAGGUUUAACACAAUCAAUCAAUCAAUCAAUCAAUCAAUCAAUCAAUCAAUCAACCAAUCAAUCCCUCAGUUCGUCCAUCCAUCCAUGUAUCUACUGUAUAUCUAUCUAUAUAGUUAUAAUGUACAAACAUGAUUUUGCAAUGGAAAUGAUGGAAAUAAAAAUGCAACCUUGUGAUACAGUAUUAGUGAGGUCUAAAGUUAUAAUAAUGACGUAAAUGUAAUUACAGUAGAACCCCUUCAAGUUGACACAAGCGUCAACAAAACCGAAAAUAAUGUAGCUUUAUUCGAGUUUAUGUCGAGUUUAGCCACCAGUGCUUUCGUAAGCUAAAAAUCUAAAUAAAACAUUGCAAUGUUUGUGUUUUUUAGUUGCUGUGUUAGAAACAGGUUAAUACUGCCGUGCUUUUUUAAAGCUUAGUUUGCACUGAACAGGAAGUGAGUGUGUGCAUGUUUCAAAGGGGACCGAUUAUGAAUUAUUUUUUUUACAUUCAAAACACUUCCUUGUGGUCUACAUAACAUGUAAUGGUGGUUCUGUGGUCAAUAUUUUGCAUAGAUUUUGUUUUACAGAACAUCUUCAAGCCACUUUCUGACUGUCUCUUCAGGACAUUUUGUAGGCAGUCUUAUUUACGUGCCUUCACUUCAACUGCGUCAACUCCCUGUGAGCCAUGUAGUAGUUUUUAGACCUUCCAUAGGUAGUCUAGUCACAGAUAUAAUUUAGAACAAUACGUUGCUUGGAAUUAGAAAUGGCAACAGCGAAGGAUGCAUGUGCAUACAAAACUCUGUUUUCAAUGGGUACUAGGCGCCAUUUAGCCUUUCUCAAAGAAAAAAUGCCCUAAGCUUGUGUUUUUGUGUAAGAACCGUUCGAAUCGCAAGAAGGAUAAAUGUUCUUCGAGAGGUAAUUAAAAAGGGAGGAAGAGUGCAAGAUUUGACGAAACGACGAGAAACGCAGCACACUCUCCAGUCCAAGGGAGCACAGUCUAAGAAUGCACAAGUUAACAUGAUCAAAAUGUUAAAGGUUUGUUUCUACUUUUAACGGUUAUUAUUUACCAUUUAAGUAUUAUCUUGAUAUUAUUUGUUUUUCUGAAGCACAUGUUUGCUACGAGUGUUUCAAAAAGCAUCAAGUCGGCGAGUCUAAAUAAAAGAAAGCAAAUGUCAGCAAAACCUACGCACGUUUUUAGCAAAGGCAACAAUCAUAAAUGAAGCUUUCCGCACAUACACGAUGUUGACAUCAAUAGUUAUAUUUUGAUAAAGACCAGGAAAAACACGCUACCCGUUAACGGCGUGACGCAAAGUUAAAUCAUUACAUGCAACCUUACCAGAGUCUUGAUACCAAUUCCCUUGACCCAGUCACACACAAAGAAGUUGUAGACCUCCAUGUUUUUCCAAGUUUCCAUCUGUUUUGUCAGGAGAACAAUACUUUGAUAUGUCUGAGAGCACGACCGAAGUAUAAUCCUUGAUAUCACUCGACAAAUCUUUUUUUGAUAAAUGUAUAGGGAUCUAUUCCAUUGCAUUGUUUGUUUUUUUGCUCAAAUCUGCUUUUUGCAGGAAGAUUUAAGCCUCUUUUGUACUCAGAUAGUUCCGCGCUGCUAGCUGUACAACAGCCAUCUUGGCUUGGUUGACCACCACUGGUUUUCACUUCCGAAUACAAGCAAUUGACUACGGUGUCAGACUACAAUGUCGUAUUGGUGCAAAAAUCUUCGCGUAAACCUCUACCAUAUAAUGGAGAUAUCCGCUGACGUCACAGGGCAGAAGAUGUCAAAGGACAGAGCCAAUUCCAAUUUGUUUGUAGAAAGCAUAAAGGAAUGCAAUACUAUUUUAUAAACAUCUCCGCAAUGCCUCCACGAUUUGAUUUUGAAUUUAUGGGACUUAUGUGGAUCCCAAAUGCACAAAAUAAGGUACCAUCAGGUAAGAAAAGUUGUUUUUUCAUAAUAGGUCCCAUACUUGCCAACCCUCCCGGAUUUUCCGGGAGACUCCCGAAAUUCAGAGCCUCUCCCGAAAACAUCCCGGGACAAAUUUUCUCCCAAAAAUCUCCCGAAAUUCAGGCGGACCUGGAGGCCACGCCCCCUCCACCUCCAUGCGGACCCUCCAGGUCCGCAUGGAGCAAUGUUGUUGUAAUAUAUUGAGUUGGAGGCAAUAAACAGGAGAGGUGAUGAAGUACGUCUCUUUACUGUAGACUUCAGAACAGACUCAACACACUUGACGUCAGGUGCGCAACACCACGUAAAUCGUUGGCCAACCAUAAAGUAACCCCAGUACGCUAUAGCCAACAUUCACCAAGAGAUGGCAACAGACAAACAUAGAUCACUCUAUUACAUUUAUUAUACAAACAGUAUUUGUACACCUUUAACACAGAUUUUUAUACUGUCUUCAGAGAUUCUGUUUUUUUGGUGGUACUCGAAACCUUGCUGGAUAUCUGCGGAUCACUGGUGGGGAUUUUGUUGUGGGUGAUCUGGGUUCUGAUGAUGGCAACUCAGCAGCCCUUGAAUCUGGUUCAAUGAUGUGACUAGUUUGUGUCUGACUCACUGAUGGUCCUGAUGAUGGAACUGAAACAGCACUGUCCAGUUGUACUGAUGGCACAUUUUCUGCAACUGGUGGAGACAAGAUAACUGGCAGUCUCUCCAUGUUUUCUCGCCAUGGUAACAUGUGAUCCACAUGCACUGUGUGCUGUCUC